CGUAUUCUUUGGUCAUUCGUUGGUGGUACGUGCGCCGGUACGGUUCUCCUUCUAACGAAGUUGUGUUUUGUUGUUUGUUUAGUUGUGUUUGAUAUAACAUUCCUUGUAACAUGUCAGAUUCAGAGGCGAGUAAUUUGUCUGACAAUGAAAGCGAUCGAGGAGUGGGUGGAAGUGAAAGUGAUCAAGAAGAGAAUCGUUCGAUAAAAUCUACAGCUGGCAGCGAUGGUGGCAAUAUUGGUGAAAGAUUACGGAGCGUUUCUCGAAGUAGAAGCCCGUCUAGGUCAAGAUCCAGAAGUCCGUCUAGGUGGCGGUCACGAUCCCGCUCAGCAUCUGGUUCAGAGGAUGGAAGAGGAGAUGAGGCAGAGGAAGCUAGAUCUGGUGAUGAGGAAAUGGUGGAACCUGAGGAAGAACCAGAAGGAGAGGAUUUGGAAGGAAGUAGCGAGUAUGAUGAAGAAGAAGAAGAGGAGGAUGAUGAUAGACCUCGCAAGAAAAAGAAAAAAGACAAAUACCGUGACUUCAUUAUAGAUGAAGCUGAGGUAGAUGAUGAAGUUGAAGACGAUGACGAGUGGGAAGAAGGUGCCCAAGAAAUUGGUAUUGUUGGAAAUGAAGUAGAUGAAUUGGGCCCUACUGCUAGAGAAAUUGAAGGCAGACGCAGAGGAACUAAUCUUUGGGAUUCUCAAAAAGAGGAUGAGAUAGAAGAGUAUCUCAGGAAAAAGUAUGCAGAUGAAUCUAUUGCCACUCGACAUUUUGGAGAUGGUGGCGAGGAAAUGAGUGAUGAAAUUACACAACAAACUUUACUGCCAGGUGUGAAAGAUCCAAACUUGUGGAUGGUAAAAUGCCGUAUCGGAGAGGAGAAAUCCACAGUACUCUUAUUAAUGCGAAAAUUCAUAACGUACCAGUUUUCAAACGACCCUCUUCAGAUAAAAUCGGUUGUUGCACCCGAAGGGGUGAAAGGUUAUAUCUACAUAGAAGCAUACAAACAACCACACGUAAAGGCAGCUAUCGAAAAUGUAGGAAAUUUAAGAAUGGGUAUUUGGAAACAGCAGAUGGUACCAAUUAAAGAGAUGACUGACGUGUUACGUGUAGUUAAAGAACAGACAGGCUUGAAAGCGAAACAAUGGGUUAGAUUAAAAAGAGGAAUUUAUAAGGAUGACAUAGCUCAGGUUGAUUAUGUUGACUUGGCACAGAAUCAAGUUCAUUUAAAAUUAUUACCUAGAAUUGAUUAUACUAGGCCACGUGGAGCUUUAAGAACAGCGCAAAGCGAAUCUGAAGCCUUAAAACGUAAAAAGAAAAGAAGACCAACCGCUAAGCCGUUCGAUCCCGAAGCAAUUCGUGCUAUCGGAGGAGAAGUCACUAGCGAUGGUGACUUCUUAAUUUUCGAAGGAAAUAGAUAUAGUCGAAAAGGAUUUUUGUAUAAAAAUUUUACAACAAGUGCGAUUAUCGCAGAAGGUAUAAAGCCAACUCUGUCCGAACUGGAAAGGUUCGAAGAAGCACCCGAGGGUGUCGAAUUAGACAUAAGCGGGGCUCCAGGAACAGGCGCGGGUAACAAAGAAGACACGGCGAUAACUCAUUCGUUUAGUACAGGGGACAAUGUCGAAGUAUGCGAAGGUGAAUUAAUUAACUUGCAAGGAAAAAUCGUUUCAAUAGAUGGAAACAUGAUUAUGGUUAUGCCAAAACAUGAAGAACUUAAAGAAGCCCUAGAAUUUCAAGCGUCAGAGUUACGGAAAUAUUUCACUAUGGGUGAUCACGUUAAGGUUGUAGCAGGAAGAUAUGAGGGUGAUACUGGUUUAAUAGUUCGAGUGGAACAGAACAGAGUAGUUUUAUUUUCUGAUCUUUCAAUGCAUGAAUUGGAAGUACUUCCAAGAGAUUUGCAACUUUGCUCGGACAUGGCAACAGGUGUAGACAGUUUAGGACAAUUCCAAUGGGGUGAUUUAGUUCAGCUAGACGCACAAACCGUAGGCGUAAUUGUUCGACUAGAGCGUGAAAACUUUCACGUGCUGUCCAUGCAUGGUAAAGUCAUAGAGGCUAGGCCUCAGGGACUCACAAAAAGACGCGAAAACAGAAAUGCAGUGGCGUUGGAUUCACAACAAAAUACUAUACAGAAAAAAGACAUUGUUAAAGUGGUUGAUGGUCCACACGCUGGAAGAGGCGGAGAAAUCAAACAUUUGUACAGAAGUUUUGCAUUCUUACAUUCGCGAAUGUUUGUCGACAAUGGUGGAAUUUUCGUUUGUAAAACGAGACAUUUACAACUUUCUGGCGGAAAUAAAUCAAAUAUAUCAUCCAUGUUACCUGUAACGGGAUUCAUGUCACCGAGAAUCGCAUCACCAAUGCAUCCUAGCGGCGGUGGUUUCGGAAGAGGUGGAGGUGGAAGAGGUAGAGGUCGAGGUGGCGGAGCCAGACGUGACAGAGAAUUGAUAGGAACUACUAUCAAAAUAACGGGCGGGCCAUACAAAGGAAACGUUGGAAUAGUGAAAGACGCCACAGAGACGACUGCUCGUGUAGAAUUACAUUCUACCUGUCAGACUAUCUCUGUGGACAGGUCUCAUAUUGCAAACGUUGCGGUACUCACGAAGGAUGGCGGUUUCAGCAGUUACAACAGAACACCAGCCUAUGGCGGUGGGCAAACACCAAUGUACGCCAGGGAUGGAUCAAAGACACCUAUGCAUGGUUCUCAGACACCAAUGUACGAAAAUGGUUCUCGUACUCCUCAUUAUGGCUCGAUGACGCCCUCUCACGAUGGUUCACGCACACCGGGACAAUCUGGCGCCUGGGAUCCAGCUGUGACAAAUACUCCUGCAAGGACAAAUGACUUCGACGGCUAUAGUAUGGAAGAAGGUGGAUCUCCGGGUUACGCACCAGGUUAUCCACCUACUGGCGGGCCGUUCACACCACAAACGCCUGGCACGAUGUACGGUUCGGAGCAGAGCUUUAGUUCUUAUCAGCCGAGCCCUAGCCCAGCAGGAAGUGCCACUGCAAGUCCUAGUCCUGCAGGAUAUGUCGCAACUCCCUCGCCAAGUGGUACUGGAUAUACUACUAGUCCUCAUGGAGCCUUCGCCACACCUUCACCAAUGGGUUACAGCCCAAUGACUCCUGGUGUUGCAGGUAGUCCAUACAAUCCACAAACACCAGGCGCUGGUCUAGAUACUAGCGUUGGUUCUGGAAUCAUUGGAGGAACUGAAUGGCAUACCACAGAUAUUGAGGUUCGAAUUCGUGACUCUCAUCAAGAUCCUGCGUUGGCGGGUCAGCAAGGUGUUAUCCGUGGAAUAUCCGGUGGCAUGUGCGCGGUCUUUUUACCUGUGGAAGAUAGAGUAGUGAACUUGGUCUGCGAAGAACUAGAGCCAGUAGUUCCAUCGCGAGGCGACCGGGUGAAAGUAAUCAUCGGAGAAGACAGAGAAGCAGUGGGCACGUUGCUCUCUAUAGACAAUCAAGAAGGUGUAGUGAAAUUGAGUAAGGACGAAGUGAAGAUGUUACACUUGCGAUUUUUGUGCAAAAUGAAGGCGCCAAACACAUAAUUCUUCAUUCCAAGACAAUCUUCUAUUCAGUGAAAGUUUAUAAAGACAAUUUUGAUGGCGAGAAUAAAUUUAAAAGAUUUUUAAUGGGAACCCUACAGACAGCAUUAACACUGACGAUUUUAUGUUAUACGAUGUUACGACGAUUUUUUCUUAUAUUGGAAAGUAGCACUCAUAUCAUGUACAAUAAAUAAUUAUUAUUGUAAAGGCUUUUCUAACAUUUUAAUUUUUCCCCAAGAUGCUACAAAACCUAUAUGGAGGGAUGAGUUGUAUGGAUAGAUAUAGAUACUCAAUUUUAUGUAAAAUAUAUUACCAAUUGUUAUACAAUGUAAAAUUUAAUAUUAAUGUAAGCACAACUUUAGAUAUUAAAAUAAAUGGAAUAAUUUAAU